AUGAUUUCACUUUAAAAAUCACAAUUAAUACUUCGAAAUUUUUUGAAUUAAUUAAAUAAUCAAAAUAUCUUAUGCAAACAUUAGAAAUAGAAAAAAAAAUUCUAUUAUGUCCAAAAAUUAGACAUAGUAGCAAUUGAUUUGAAAUCCUAGACUAUAAUUGAUGACAAUAACUUAUGCCCAAGAUGCCUAGCAGAAAAAGUAGAUAAAGAAAAUAUUACAUUGCUUAAAGAAGCUGGUGAAAUGAAAUAAAGCAUGAAGACAAAAUCCUAAAAACUUGCAAAGGAAUACAACCUUAUAAGACUCAAUAAUUAAAAAUAAUUAUAAUUAUAGCUAAAGUCAUUCAAAAAUUACAUUAAAACAGAACUUGAAAAAUUGCUUCAAUAGAUUGAUCAGUAAGUAGAAUCAAUCCAAAAUGACAUAGAAUCAAAAGGAAAAAAACUAGAAAUCAAAAAAUAUGAUGAAGAAAUUCAAAUUCUAUCAAAAAAAUAUAUUGGUCUUGUAGUUGUAAGGAGAAUUUACCAACAAUUAUUAUUGAGACAAAUUUAUUUUAAAAGUUUGAAUACAUUAAAUAAUUCAUAGAUAAGUUAAAUGAAACAAAUCUUGAAUUAUUUUAAGUAGUUAUAAUGGAAUAUUAACAAACCGAGCUGUUAAUUCUGA